AUGGACCAGAUCGCCUCAAGUCAGGAUUAUGACACCGGUGGCGCAACCCCUUACGGCGGCCACACCACUGAAACAAAUGAUUUAAGAAACCUCGAUUUUCUUGUGGGUUUGUCAAUCAGUCAAGAGUAUGAUUACAGUUUUGAAAUUCCCGACGAAUGCUUGGCCCUGAUAUUCCAAUCAUUAAGCUCUGGUGACCGCAAGCAGUGCUCUCUUGUUUGCCGGCGGUGGUUGGCCGUGGAGGGUCAAAGUCGCCAUCGCCUGGCCCUGAAUGCAGCCGCAGAGGUAAGUGCCUACUUGCCCAAUAUCUUCACCCGGUUUGAAUCCGUCACCAAGCUCACCAUCCGGUGCGAUCGCAAGUCUGUCAGCAUAAACGACGAGGCAUUGACCUUAAUCUCCCUCCGGUGCCGGAACCUGACCCGAUUCAAGAUCCGUGGUUGUAGUGAAAUAUCCGAACAGGGAAUGCAUAAUUUGGCAAAUAAUUGUAAAUCCCUUCGGAAAUUUUCCUGUGGAUCGUGCAGUUUUGGAGCUGAGGGCAUGAAUGCCCUUUUAAACAAUUGUUCUUCCCUGGAGGAACUCUCUGUUAAGCGCCUGAAGGGAAUCAAGGAGACUUUUGCUGCCGAGCCAAUUGGCCCGGGAACCGCGGCUUCAUCACUUAAGUCGAUCGUACUUGAGGAGCUUUACAAUGGGCAGUGUUUCGGACCUCUGAUUAUUGGAUCGAAGAAUUUGAGAACUUUGAAGAUACUUAGGUGUUUUGGGGAUUGGGAUAGGUUAUUGGAGACAAUUUCGAGGAGGAAGAAUUGUUUGAUGGAGAUCCAUUUGGAGAGGCUGCAAGUGAGUGAUGCUGGGCUAAUGGCGAUAUCCAAAUGCUCGGAUUUGGAGGUCUUUCACUUGGUGAAGACUCCCGAUUGCUCAAACAAGGGAAUCUGCGCAAUAGCUGAGAAUUGUAUGCUUUUGAGGAAGCUUCACAUUGAUGGAUGGAGGAUGAAUAGGAUAGGCGAUGAAGGAUUGACUGCGAUCGCAAAGAAUAGUGUGAAUCUCGUGGAGUUUGUGCUUAUAGGUGUGAACCCAAGUUCCACGAGUUUGAUGGCAAUAGCCUCAAAUUGUCAGAAGUUGGAAAGGUUAGCGCUUUGCAGGUGUGAAACAAUUGGAGAUCCUGAGAUUUCUUGUAUUGCAACCAAAUGUAUGGCUUUGAAGAAGCUUUGGAUAAAGGGGUGUCGGGUGACAGAUUCAGGGCUCGAGGCAUUUGCUUUUGGAUGUCCGAAUUUGGUGAAUCUUAAGGUGAAGAAGUGUAGGGGAGUGACGACCAAAGUUGCGGACUGGUUGAGGUCAAAGAGAGUAUCACUGGUUGUGAACUUGGACGCAGAUGGGAUGGAACCCGACGUCAUGGAAGUGAGUGUUAGUGAUGGAGGAGCAUAA